AUGGCUUCUCCGCUGGAACCCUGGCCCGUGGAAGCUGUGUUGCUCAAAGGCACUCCGAGCGUAGAAGGCUGGCGAGUGCAGGGAGGAGUUACGGUGUACGUUCUGGAUGGCAAGUUGCCUUUGGAACUGUGCCACCUCAGCUCGCCGGAGUGGCCUUUUGAGCUGACGCGGCUUUGGCGUCGGCAACCGGGAGACCAAUUCUGGAUUCAGCAUUGGGUCACUUUUGAGCGGACCUUAAGGGAACUCGCCCAGUUUGCUCGGGACCGGGGUGGUCUUGAAGACGCGGAUGGGACUGCAAAGAGCAGCUGGUGGCUCGAAGAGGCAGCUCGCGAGCGGGAAAGGGCUCGCGGAGAGCUGCUGGAGUCUUCGGAGUUUCAGGACCGGGAGAUAGUCGAGCGAUUUCAGAUCGGAACCGAUGGUGUUUUGGAGCGCCUGGUGAAGAUUGAUGAGUGGGAAGUCGCAAGAUGGGUCCCCGUGGUGCCUGCCGGCUGGGCGGCAGGGGAAAUGACCUGGAGAGAGUUCUGCUUCCGGCAAGCUCACGUGGGACUGAUGGGCGGUCACCGGAACUGCCGGGACACCCAGAGAAUCCUCAAGAGGAUAUGCUGGUGGCAGGACAUGAUGAAAGAUAUCGAGACAAUGACGAACGCGUGCUUGACUUGCGCGAAAGGGCGGAAGCGCCCGACAAAGCAGGAGACCGUGAGCGUGAAGCCCACCAGCCUGGAAUGCUGGGAGGAAGUCAUGAUGGACUUCGAAGGCCCUAUGCUACCGGCGGAUAGUGCCGGCAAUUGCUAUGUCCUCUCUUAUGUGGACACGGUAUCUCACAACGUCUUGUUCGAACCCUGUACGGACCUGACGAGGCAAGAGGUGAGAAGGGGCUUCUCGAAGUUGAUGUUCCGAUCGCGAACUGUCCCCAGGCUGCUGAGGACAGACAGGGGGCAAGAGUUUCGAAGCGCAGUCUUUCAAGAGUACUGCGCGGUGGUCGGGAUACAGCAGAAGUUUGCGGCUCCGCUUCGUCCUGUGGAGAUGGGAGCGUGUGAAAGACUCCACCAGGAGUCCCAGAAACUGCUGGGAGUGCUCCUUCACGACCUUCACGACGUGUGUGGGGUGUACCCCCACGAGUGGAGUGAGCUCCUCCCGGUCGUGGAGUUCCUUUUGGCGACCACUCCCACGCAAGCAGGCAUCGCGCCUCGAGACCUGGAAAGGGCAUGGUCAAUGGCAAUUCCUUUAGAGCGAGAUCUCGAGCCUUUCACGGUUCUGGAAUGGGAGCCCAUUUCGGAAUAUGCCGCGAGGCUCUUUCGAAGGUAUCGAGAGCUCAGGGCGAAAGUCUUGGACCAUAGGGCGGAAGAAUCUGCUAAGAGGGCGUCGCUUGUGAAUCGCUUUCGGGUGUCCAAGCAGCUCUGUGCGGGUGACGUGGUGGUUCUUCGUGACCCCCGCACCGCCAGAGCUGGGGGGCGGACUCCGUGGCGAAAGCAGUUGUCAGGCUCUAAGCCAGAGUCUCGGCCGAUGAAGUUCAGAGAGCAAGAGGAUCAUCACAGGCCUCGCUCUCUGGGUCAGAUGAUCGAAGAAAAGGACGACCUGACGAAAGUGCCUAAGAGGGCGGCGGGGAAACCGGGUGAUGGGAUGCUGUCGGAGCUGAAAGUCUUCCAGCACGUUGCCUAUAAGGUUGCUCCGGACCUGAAAGGUAAAGGCGCCAAGCAAUGCUGUGUUGGUCGAGUUUUGACCAUCCAGGUCGCAGAGAGGGAAGUUACUGUGCACAAGUAUGCGGCUUUGCUCUCGGAUGAUCUGCGAGUAAAGUGGAAGCCUCUGUUCGUCAACGCCGAAGGGCUGGAGGAGGCGAGGGACCUCACGGACCCCAAAGGAGUGGUCACGGAGUUUGAGAUUCCUGGCAAAGCUUUGACGACGGCGGAAAUAGAAAAGCUGUCUAAAGAAGCGGUAACCAAAUGGGACCGACUUUCGAAGGCCAAGUCCUGGGAUGAAGUGAAGGCUCCGCUCGACGUCUACCGGUUCAGCGGGGUUCAGCUCGCUGAAGAUCCCCGCCGGACGCCUGAGUACCGGGCGAAGGUGUUGGAAAGGCUGCGACCUCGGCCACUUGAAGCGGUCAGAGGCCAGGCGGGUGCCCACCAGAAGGUGCGAAAACGCAGAAUUGUCGUUGAUUACAGAAGAGUUAACUCACGAACAGUGAGAGCUCAAUACUUUUCCCGGAAGAGUUGGGAAGUAAUCGCGGAGUCUGCGGGGAGCCUGUAUCUCUCGAUGCUGGACGCUGUAACGGGGUUCAACCAGCUACAGAAUAGUGACCGGGCACGGCGCGUUCUUGCGGUGAUCACCCGAUCGGGUCAGUUCUUGCCAACUUGUUUGACGUUUGGACCGGUCAAUGGUCCAGAGGCCUUCGCGUACGUCAUGGACCGCGUGUACUCGCGCGGGUCCAACAGGCGCAGUGUAGAGCGGCGUCGGAGUGAUGAGCUACUGCUGUGCAAGCCGAGCUCCCUAAAGGAGCUGGAGCGUCAGAUGGUUAUGGGUCGAUGGGUGUCUGGAGAGGCGACUGUAAGACCUUCGAUGACUGAAGGCGGCCUGGCGGUGCAGGAGCAGCAGAAUGCACUCCUCAAGGCUCUCCGAUCCAGUUUUCCUCGCCUGAAGAACUUCCUCAAGGACGUGGAGGUUUUCCCAGAGGGCACCGUGGCUUUACGGCCGAGGCAUCGCGUGGGUUUGGAGUCCAGCGCGAAGGCAAUGAUGGUCAGUGGCGUGAUGGUGAUCCUCGUGGUGGUCAUCUUCAGCAUGAAGGCAAUGAUGGCCAGCGGCGUGAUGGUGAUCCUCGUGGUGGUGGUCAGCUUCAGCGUGAAGGCAAUGAUGGUCAUCGGCGUCAUGGUGAUCUUCGGGAAGUGUCUGGUCAGCCAAUGGAGGCAGCGGGUCGACAAUGGCCCAGAGAUGCCAUCUCCAGCAGGUUACCACUGGGAGGCAGUCUACGGCUACAACAGCGGCGAAAGACUUCUGGAAACGUUGGCAGAGGGCAUGCAACAGUUACAGAAGGUGCAGCUGGACCAGUUCGAGAGGGCGGAGAAGCGAAAAACCGAAGAACCUCCUGAGCAGUGCAAGCCAGGGACUACGUCGUUGCCUCCUCUACCGCCGCCCAGUGGAAACGAGAGCGCAGUAGCACUUCAAGACUGGAUCGAGGUCAUCGAUGGUCCUCUACGGGAUAUUUCAGACAGCAGUUCUUGGUGGUGGGAUGCAGUAAAGGAAAGGGCUCAGAAGGGUUACCAAUUGUGGGUGGCUUCGGGGCCUUACGAAAGAUUAUCCUUGAAACCACCAACUGCUGAUGACCUCGAACAAGGUCGUUUCUCGAGGUUGAGCGCAAGGACGGCGGGGAUGAUGCUGCAGGCCAUGACGGAAGGAGUUCGCGCAGAGAUGGUUGCUAGGGCAAUCACUCGCUCACCGAUGGCUCUGUUGUUCAGACUAUACACAAUGUACCAGCCGGGGGGUGAAAGUGAGAAGGCUUACAUCUUGCAGUACCUCGUCAACCCUCCAAGGGCAUCCUCGGCAACCGACUUGGUCAGCGUGCUUCGACAAUGGGAGAGACUUCUUUUGAGGGCAGACAAUCUACACAUCGCGAAACCAGACCCCUCUUUACUGGUUCGUGGGCUGAAUGGUUUGGUGUCAGAUCUGUGGGCCAAGGACAAAUAUGUGAUGUUUCGCACACAGCUUGUGAAAAGCAGGCUAGGAGUGGAUGUGAGUCCUACGUGGGAGUCGGCUCUACAGUUGCAUCAGCACUUGAGGGCGGAGUCAGAGAACCUCGUGAACGGUCUUCCCUCCACGGUGAGGCCUUCUACGACUACGACCGAGUCGCAGCGUGAGACAAGGCUGAAGCCGUUUCAGCCGAGUCCAUCAACUCCCGUGAAACCGCCGACGACGACCUCAGCUACCACCUCUACUCCAAGCGGAACAACUGGGGGCGGCACAGAGAAGAAGUGCAAGUGGUUUACCGAGCCCGGAGGAUGCAGACGAGGAGCAAGUUGCAAGUUUGUGCAUUCCUUUGAGGGGGUCUCCAAGAAGAACCGACCCGGCGAAGAGUGGUGCAGCAGCGAGAUCGCUGAUCGCGGAACCGGAGCCACAGCCAACUCCACCAACGUCGCUGAUGAGUUCGGGAUCUACAACAACGGCUUCCUCAGCGUCUUCCUUGGAAGGGUGGAAAUCGAUGGCACAGAGUUGAAGAAGUACCAGAGGACUCCGCUGGAUGACAGGGUCAGUGGCGAUGUUUCCUCGGUACCGAGGGGUGUGUUCAAGGUUACGCAUCCAGUUUGGGGUGAGCUCAAGACAUCGCUGCGUGGAGGGUGCCCAGAGUUGGCACAAGAGCAGGCGGCGAAACUUGUGGACCAGAUUGAGGACAAGAAGCUCCGUGAAUUUCAAGAUGGGGUUUCUAUGUUGAAGUCAAAGUUGGACUACUUGGUUCGCGAGGAGAAGCUUCCCUGGACGACGUACGCGAUGAGAUUCUUGGAAGAGGGACUGGCAAAGGAUCUGUGGAAGGCUGUGCGAGGAUCGUUCAUGAAGGAUCUCCCGGAAGCAGUUCUAGACUCUCUUUGCACUGGGGUUCGGGUGAAUCAGGGCUGGGAACAUCUGAAGUCAUUGCCGUUGCCAAGACGGGUUCGAAAGAGAAUGAUGGACUCAGAUAGGUGGAUACUACAUCUACCGAAGCACCGUGAAGAACCUCCUCUGAAGCCCGAAGACUAUGGCGAAAACACAGUGAUAGUGACAGUGCCGCCGCACUUGCUUUCUCAGGCUUAUGACGCGCUCCUGUGGGGGGCGGCUACGGGAAGGAUCGCUGCAGUGGUUGGUGAAACUCCUGGAUGCUCAAUGGCUAAGGAUACCCAGACUAUCCGGAUGGCAAGAACAAUGGUGCUUUACGUGAUUGGGAGACUAGCGAGACCAAGGGGAAGAACUGGGUUUUUCUGGUUGAUGCGAAAGGAUGAUUGUGAGGAGGAAGUUGCGAAAUUGAUGGUGCAGUUUCAACAGGCGGCCUCCAUGUGCGAGCUCAAUGUCAAUGCUGAUGGCUCUCCAACCUCUUCGAGAAUGCGGUGGGUUGCAACAACGAACUAUGAUUUCGAAGACCUCCGAGGGGAACUCCAAUCCGAGGAGGGGAAGGGCGACUCAGUGAACAAGGGCUGGCCUAUGGAAUGGAGACGAAGAUUGGCAAGGGCAAUCUCCGAUGGGAACUUCCGUGGCUCUCAGAAGCGAGAUGAUGGUCCUUUCCGAACAGCUGGUGAAGAUCCAGGAGCUCGAGGAGAUCGUUCCAAGGCGGCUAAGAUGAAGUACCUUCUAGUUGCAAAGUUCACCUUGCCGAAGUCCUAUGUCACAGGCGAGUUUGAACCCACAGCUCAAGACCCAAGGGAAGAAGAUCUUGGUAUGAAGGAUUUGUUCGAUGAAGAUGGACAUGUGGUUGGUUCGAAGGGGGUGUCUGACGAGGUUGGAAGGAAUGACUGGUUGAGCGACGAGGAAGACUACGUGCCUUCAAUGGAAGAGGAGGACGGCGAGGAAGAGGAGAAGGACACCGGUGCGGGCGUGGGGCCAAUUCCAAUGGACGUGAAGGCCCCGGAGUCUACGUAUCUUCUCUUUGCGGAGCCGCUUCUCAACGAUAAGGGCCCCACCGUCGCCAGCGCAAUUCAGUCUAUUGUUCUGUACCUCCAAAGUCUUAACAUCCCUGUGCUGCGAUUUCACAGUGAUCGUGCAGCCCAGUUGAUGGCCAGAUCGCUGGUGCAAUGGCUACAUGGACAGGCGAUUCGUACAACGACCAGCACUCCUGGUGUUCCUCAAGAGAAUGGUUCUGCUGAGUGUGCCGUGAAGGAAGUCAAGCUCACCACGAGAAAGAUUCUUUCCUCGUCCACUCUAGAGAAGUCCUUUUGGCCGGUGGCUGCGAAGGCCGCUGCAUCCCUCCAACGGGCUCGUGUAUUACGUCAGGUACCUCGGAUGGUGGUGGCGUUUGGCGCAAAGGUCCUGGUGAAGAAGAGGAGGGACAAGGCGAAGUUGGUGGACGCAGGAGCAGGAGGACGGGAUGAUCAAGGGAAAGGACAGGGUGAUGAGCUCGAACCACGAGCUAAGAAAAGGAUCGUGGGAAAGUCGGCGCCACGAGUUGCGGUGAUGGAGCGCAGUUCGGAGUUUGGGAUAUACGAAGACGAUCUCCCCAGCGACCAAGAGGAACUCCACGAGGACGAUGACCUGGUAGAUGAGACACAGGAAGUGAUGAGUGGGGAUUGUCCAGUUCCUCGAGUGGCUGUUUUGGGUUCCAACAGAGAUGAAGCACAAGAUGGUCAAGGGGACUCGAUGGACCCGGAGGACUAUGCCAGGGAAAUCAUCUACAACGAGGACGAUGUGGAUGAAAGGGUAAUCGAGCGGCUAUUUGAGCUACUUCCAAAUCAAAGACUACCUCGGCAGACAGAGGACUGUGGCGUAAGUGGUUUGCCUCCUAAGGCGUGGAAAUCGGGAGUUUAUCGUCAUGGUGGUGUGCUGGGCGUGAGGAAGUCUUCCAGGGAGUUUCCGUAUUCUACAAGAUUGGUGAACCAGUUCAUUCGGGAAGUUUUGGGCGAUUCGACUACAUGGUCUACCUUUUCAUUUCAUCGGAAUCGUCUUUGGACACAAGCUGAAGCUGGCGAAAUUGGGGAGGACAAUGAGGCAGUCAUCGUGGAUGGGAAACGUGGGCGUGUGAGGCCAUUACAAUCCGAGGAGGGGACGAAGGAAGUGGUUUCGUUCAAUCCAAGGCAGUGGCACGCAACGAUGCCGUGGACUGGCGAUAGACUGGUGGUGGCUGUGUACAAGGUCCGUGGUCUCAAUCAGAUUAAGACGGAGGAUGAAGACCUGGCGCUGGAUUUGGGUUUCCCUCUGCCUACGAAUGGAUCAGAAAGUCCGAGGAUGUGCAAGCUCAUCGGUCAAGAAGGUGAACAGCCUGGUCCCGAGCCACAAGAAGAAGCCGAGGUGGAGUUGGAGCCAGUGGAGGAAUUUAUGUACAUCAGGAUGUCCGAGGACGAGUGGCAUACAACGAUCGCACAGCAUGGACCGGAUCGCUACGUCGUGGAAAUGGCAAUGAGAUGGCGAAGGAUUGAACCUGAAGAAGGGAAUUUGAACUCAGUGAUUCCGGCUGCCAUAGCUGCAGACGUGGAUCGAGAUUGGAUGGCCGCCCCAAGGAUUUUCCUGAUGUCAGAAGAUGGGGAGGAGCUUCAUGUUGGACGAAUGCUGGGAACGAGGACUACCAGAAUCCCGGAUCAUGAUCCAGAAGGGCUCAACUCUAGUUUCCUCAAGGCUUGCAAAAUUUACAACCUCGUGACAAAUGAGGAGGAGAUGAUC